CUUCAGAUCGAUCUUUCUAUUGAGCAAGAAGCUCAAAUUUUCGAACUUUUUCCUUUCUUUUUUUUUUCUUCUUUUUCUUCCCGUUUCUCUGCGCAACCACCUGCACAUCUUCUCUCUCUCUCUCUCUCUCUCUCUCUCUCUCUCUCUCUCUCUCUCUCUCUCUUUCCCCCUAACUUUCUUUCUAACGCAUCCACCCACUCAUCAUGGUCGGAGGCUUCAUCCCGAGUCCCCUGGCAAAGGAGUUUGCCAAGGCGGCGAAAAUCCUCGAGUCGUUUACGAUUCCGACUGCCGCGAGCGGACCCGACUCGGUUGUCCCUGCCGACAUUAUCAACAAGGCGCAGGGCAUUGCCAUCAUCACUGUGAUCAAGGCCGGCUUCCUGAUGUCCGUCCGCGGCGGCUCUGGCAUUGUCGUUCGUCGCAUUGGCGGUGGAUGGUCGGCUCCUUCCGCGAUCGGAACGGCCGGCAUUGGCGGCGGUUUUGAGAUUGGCGCGGAAGUCACCGAUUUUCUCCUGAUCCUGAACACGCAGACCGCUGUCGACGCGUUCGCAAAGGGCACCAAUGUCACGCUUGGAGGCAAUCUGACCGUUGCGGCGGGUCCGUACGGCCGAAACAUGGAGGCAGACGUGGCCAUCCGCUCCACUGCGGCCGUGUACACGUACUCGAAGAGCAAGGGCCUCUUUGCCGGCAUCUCGCUGGAAGGCUCUGUCAUGCUUGAGCGCAAGGAAGCAAACUCCAAGUUCUAUGGCGUGCAGGCCAUUCGUGCUCGUGACAUUCUGUCUGGAAGCGUCGACCCACCGCCGGAGGCGCAGCCCUUGUACACGGCCCUGGACAACCAAGUGAAUAGCCAGGCGCAGCGCAUGGCCAACAAGGCCACCAAAGCGGCUUCGGCGGCGGGUUCUGAGGCGCUCUCGCGGACGGGAUCUGUGCGCUCGAGUGGCUCCUCGAGCGGCGGCGGUGGUGGGUACACGCCCGCGGCAUACACGCCCGCGGCAUACACACCAGCCAGAUCGGCUCCUGCGCGGCCCGCAGCCCGUCCACAACCACAAGCGAGUUCUAGCAGUUCAAAGGGCAGCUUUUUCAGCAAGGGCGCUUCGUCGUCAGCCGGCGCGCGGCCAGCUCCCAAAAAGGGCGCUGCUGGCGGUGCCUAUGUACCUGACGGGUCUGCGCCCAAGACCAGCUCUCGGUUGAGUCGCAUCGAUCUGGUCCCCAGCGCGUCGAAAUCUGCCCAACCUCCUGCCGUGGCCAAUCCCUUCGAGCAAGUCUACCAGGCCACGGCCUUGUACGAGUUUCACAGCACCUUCCCAAACGACCUUCAGCUCAAAGUCGGCGAUGUGAUUGAGGUGUUGACCACCACUCCUCGCCAAGACGAUUGGUGGGAGGGCCGCACUUCCGACGGGCGCGUUGGCCUCUUCCCUGCCAACUACUGCUCGCUCAAAUGAGCUGCUUUUGGCUGCCGUCUUCCAUCUUUGGGGGGUUCCGGUGUAGUUUGUUUUGAAUUCUGUUUUGACUUUGUUGGUUUUCUGGUUUCGUUUCGUCAAUCCAAGGCUUGUUGAGUUUGUUUUCAAUGAAGGAUAUUGCUCCUCC